UGCGUAAGAUUAGGGCUCAUCGUUUCUGUGUGUGCUUCUCUCUAUCUCUUAGAAUCGUCACAUCCCUCGAAGUACAUCGUUAAUGGCGGUUCUCGGACUCUAGCAAGCUUUCAUCAAUCAUUCUCCAUUCUUUAUCAAUCCUUCACUUGGUAAAGCAAAAUCUCAAAGGCUAUGUCAGGUCUUCUUAAUGGUUCACGUUUCUAGAUUCAUCUCUUUCUAUCUCUCUCCGGUGUGCAGGAAUCUCUUGGAUCUUAGAUUCGGUUUUGAUUUCGGCGUUUGCGGUUCUGAUUUGGGUGCGGCGUGACGUUGAUUCAAAUCUAAGGAAGUCGAUUUGGGAUUAGGUUAGGUUGUGUUAUGGAGGCGAAGGUUCCUCGACCAAGGGGGAGACCGAGGAAACGCCAGAAACUAGAGGUUGAUAAUCGAACGCCUAAUGCGAAAUUGAACAAUCGAGGGAAGAAGCAGGUUUUGGAAGUGGAGCCGGCUGUGCCGAUAUCUCUUCUGGGUCGUUAUGUGCUGAAAGAUUUCGGUAAAGAUGGAGCUUUUCUAGGGAAGAUAGUGUCUUACGAGACUGGUUUAUACAGAGUGGAAUACGAAGAUGGUGAUUUUGAGGAUAUGGAAAGUGGUGAUCUUCGUCCUUUUCUUAUUGAGGAUAGUAGUUUGGAAGAUGAGCUAUGCCUUCGAAGGAGUAAGCUAGAUAAACUCAUUGUGAAGAAGGAGGUGAAAAAGAAAAAAAAUCACCCGGAGAACAAAGGGGCCGGGCUACCAUAUCAUGUGAAUGGAGUCAAGGCAACUUCCGAGGCAGAAUGUGAAGAUGGUGAUUCAGAAUCCUCUGAUUGUGAAGACAAGAGAGGUUCAGUUUUUGAAAAUGAUGCUCCUGUUCUUCUGCCUGUUGAUUUACCACCUUCAUCAGGAACAGUUGGUAUCCCAGAGGAUGCUGUGGUACAUCUCUUUUCUGUAUACGGGUUCUUAAGGUCGUUCAGUUUUCAGCUGUAUAUCUGCCCAUUUGAACUGGAUGAUUUUGUGGGAGCGUUGAAAUUCUCAGGACCAAAUUCUUUGUUGGAUUCUGUUCAUGUCGCCUUGAUGCGGGCAUUGAAGGGUCAUCUUGAGAGGCUCUCCGCAGACGAGUCUGACCUGGCUUCAAAAUGCUUGAAGUGCAUUGAUUGGAGCUUGCUCGAUGUGCUAACUUGGCCUGUUUAUUUGGUUCAAUACUUAACUGCAAUGGCGCAUGCAAGUGGGCCUCAGUGGAAUUGGUUUUACAAAUUUGUCCUGGAAAUGGAGUAUUAUUCUUUACCCGUUGGGAUGAAAUUGAAGAUCCUGCAAAUUCUUUGUGAUGACAUCUUUGAUGUGGUAGAUCUAAGAAGCGAAAUAGAUGCCCGUGAAGAAUCUGAAAUUGGAUUUGAUCCUGACAGAAUUGCCACCAAUCUUCCUGAAAGCAGACCAAGACGGGUCCACCCCAGAUUCUCUAAAACCUCAGCUUGCAUGGAGAAAGGGGCAAUAGAUAUGGUCCCAAUAAAGCAUGGGAUAAGCUCAGCAAACGCGUCUAAAAAUUUAGGUUCAAAUGAAGUUAACUCAGAUAUGGAUGAAAACAGCGAUGAAUGUAGGAUUUGUGGAAUGGAUGGGACUUUGCUUUGUUGUGAUGGAUGUCCUUUAGCAUAUCACUCAAGAUGCAUUGGUGUGGUGAAAAUGUAUAUACCAGACGGGCCAUGGUUUUGUCCAGAGUGCUCUAUCAACAAAAAGGGGCCGAAGAUUGCUCAUGGAACCUCACUUAGAGGAGCUGUACAGUUUGGAAUGGAUCCUCAUGGGCGGCUCUUCUUGGGUACUUGCAAUCACUUGCUGGUGCUUAACGUAUCUGUCAAUGGAGAUACAGCUGUAAAGUACUACUGCGUCAAUGACUUAUCAAAAGUUGUACGAGUGCUUUUAUCAGCAUCAAGCCAUGCGCUAGAAUAUCUGGAUAUUUGCAAAGCGAUCGCCCAAUACUGGGAACUUCCGGAAGGUAUUAUUUUCUCUUUGAGAGAAAGAGAUAUUGGUUUAGAUGAGGCAAAGGAUAAAGUGGACGCCAAGGUCACAGAGAUCAAGUCCGAUGGUGCAAAUAUUUCCAGUAGAAACGACGUCCAAACUGUGUUUGACCUACCGACAUCUGCUUUGAGUAAUACUCGAAAUGGUGUUAUAGAAGGUUUAAGUGGAAUGCAUGAGAAGAAAUUGGCUGCUGGUGUUACAUACUCCGGCUUGUUAUUUAAACCCCAAGCGUACAAUAAUCAUUACACAAACGGGGAGUUGGCUGUAUCGGCUGCUGCCACUUUGGCUGAUCUAACAUCAGAGGAAGCCCAUGAACCUGAUCUUCGCAAGUACAGUACUGCCAAGAAAGCUGCAUCAAAUAACAUCUUAGUGCAGAUGAAAGCAUUUUCAUUAGUAGCUUCACGUUUCUUCUGGCCAAGUCCUGAUAAAAAGGAAAUUACCAGAGAGAGGUGUGGUUGGUGUCAUUCUUGCAAACUCACAUCUGCAAGCAAGAGAGGAUGCAUGUUAAAUGCAGCUGUAUCGGGUGCCACUAAGGGUGCUAUGAAGAUCUUCAGUGGACUUUUUCCUCUAAGGAAUGGGGAUGGAGUGCUUUCAAGUAUUGCAGCAUAUGCUCUAUAUCUAGAGGAAAGCUUGCGUGGUCUGACUGCCGGCCCAUUUCUCAGUGAAACUCUCAGAAAACAGUGGCGUAAGCAGGUAGAGGAAGCCUCAACAUGCAAAGCCGUAAAAGCACUCCUACUUGAACUUGAGGAAAAUAUUUGCAGUAUUGCUCUGUCAACCGAUUGGUUUAAACUGAUGGACGAUUGGUUAUUAGAACUCUCUAUGUUCCCAAGUGCCCCGCUUACUGUUGUGGUUGCACAGAAACGUGGACCUGGUAGGAGGAGGCAAAGGAACCUCGCUGAAGUUACAGCUGAAGGUUCUGAAGAUGAUAGCUUUACUUGGUGGAGAGGAGGGAAGUUAUCAAAAGUUAUACUUUCGAAAGCAGUUUUGUCACAGUCAGCAAUAAGGAAAGCAGCUUGUCAAGGCGGUUCUAAAAAGAUAUCUGGAUUUAGUUAUGGUGAUGCUUCUUACAUCCCUAAGAGAAUUAGACGGUCUAUUUGGAAAGCUGCAGUUGAAAGUAGCAAGAACAUAUCUCAGCUUGCUCUUCAGGUAAGGUAUCUGGAUAUGAGUAUAAGGUGGAGUGAACUUGUACGGCCAGAGCAAAAUCUCCAGGAUGUCAAAGGCCUAGAGACAGAUGCCAACGUUUUUAGAAAUGCUCGAAUAUGUGACAAAAAGAUUAGUGAUACCAAGGUUAGCUACGGAGUUUUCUUUGGAAAUCAAAAGCAUCUGCCAUCACGAGUCAUGAAGAACAUAAUCGAGGUCGAGAAAACCCAAGAUGGAAAUGAAAAGUAUUGGUUUCAGGAAGCACGUGUUCCCUUAUACCUGAUCAAAGAAUUUGAAGAGAGCUUGCAUAGAGUACCAAUGCCACCAACCAAGAAGCCAUCAAAUAAAUUAUCGAAGCUGCAGAAAAAGCAGCUGAAAGCUUCCCGCACUGACUUAUUUUCAUAUAUAGCCUCAAGGAGGGACAACAUGGAGAAGUGUUCUUGUGCGUCAUGUUAUCAUGAUGUUCUGUUGCGGGAUACAACAACAUGCAGUUCCUGCCAAGGAUUUUGUCACAAUGAGUGCACUUGGAAAUCGCAACACACAAAUGGAAAAGUUGAAGUUGUAGUCACCUGCAAAAAGUGCCAUCUUGCAAAAACUCGUCUUCCAACAAAUAUCAAUCACAGACAACCGACAACACCCCAGCUCACGAUCACCGGACGACAUCAAAGUAUAGUCACUCCAGUCAUUAAGAUUAAGCCUCCUAGUCAACAGUUAUCAUCCCAGAAAACACAGGAGAAGCCUUCUGGAAUCAAACAAGUCGCUCCUGCUUCCGCUGUUGCAUCCAAUAGUAAACCGAAGACAUUGUCCUGUGGAAUCAUGUGGAGGAAAAAGAACUUGGAGGACACAGGCGUUGAUUUCAGGAAACAAAACAUUCUCUUGGCUGGAAGAUCAGAUAAACCCAGUCUGGAACCGGUUUGUGGGCUCUGCCAGAAGCCGUACAAUCCUGGGUUGACGUAUAUUCACUGUACAAAAUGCGAAAAGUGGUUCCACACUGAAGCUGUUAAGCUGGAGGAGUCACAAAUUCCUGAAGUGGUUGGGUUCAAGUGUUGCAAAUGUCGUCGUAUACGACAACCUGAAUGCCCUUACAUCGAUCCAAAACUCAGAGAACAGAAGGAGAUCAAAAGAUUAGUCUUCAAGAACCAGAAACAAAGGCAAGGAAACUCCGGUUUGGAUUCUGAUUCGGAAAGAAUGUCAGAACAACAAGACUCGAAACCUUCUACUCCUAUGCCUGCUACUCCUAUGUUUCCACCUAUGGACGCUUUUUUCCCCGAGGAUGAUCCGCUUCUGGUAUCAGUUUCCAAAGUUGAACAAAUCACACCAACUAAUUACGAUCUUGAGUGGAACACGGGUGCUUCUGCACCUGGACCUGGGCCUCAGAAGCUACCAGUGAGAAGACAAGCGAAACGGGAGGACUGUAAUGCCGAGCCACAGCCUAUGGCGAAACCCGAAGAAGCCGAGCAAGCUUUGCCUGUUGUCUCGGACUGGGAUGCGUCUGGCGAGCUACUAUUCGACUACGAGGACAUGGAAUUUGAACCUCAGACCUAUUUCUCAUUGACCGAGUUGCUAACAGCCGAUGAUAGCAAUGGUCAGGGUGAGAUCAAUGGAGAUAAGGAUGUUCCAGUAAUUAACCCUCAAGGAGAAACAACAGAAGAAGAAUAUGAAGAGAUGGGGCCAUGUCAGAGAUGUUUGCAGAUUGAGCCAGUGCCUGAUCUGUUCUGCACGGUCUGUGGAUUGUUAAUACAUUCUCACUGCUCUCCAUGGGAGGAACCAUUGUCCUUCCCCGGAACUAGCUGGAGCUGUGGUCAGUGCCGUGAGUGGCAGUAGCAGUUGCUGGACUCUGGCUUUGUGGGGAUCUCUUCCGCCAAAUGGACUUGCGAAAUUCUUUGUUUUUCCUUGACACAAUGAUUCGUUUCCUCAGUUGGCUUAUUAUGGCGGAUGAGCUUGUAAUUUCUUUAUGGGUUUUUCGUGGUAUAUAUAAUGGAUACGUGUUUUCUUCA